AUGGCGGAGAUUGUUGCUUCCGCGGUCGUCGGCGAGACGCUUACAAGGAUCUUCAGCUUCAUCAUCGACAAGCCUGGCAAGAGGCCAUGCCAACGAGACGAGACGGAGAGGCUGGAGCUGGCGCACAUCAAGAUGGAAGCCCCGCUGCAGCUGUCCGACAGGUGGCAGAUCACGGCCGUGCCCGUGCUCCGCUGGCGGAGCAAGCUGAAGCGUGCCGCCCAGGAGUGCGGCGACACGCUGCGCCACUGCAGGCAGCGCCAGCGCGCCCUGGAAGACGAAGAGGUCAGGCUCAGGCAGGCGUCCUCGCUCCCCACACGGAUCUCUCACGCGGCCAAGAAGCUCGUGUCAUCUCUCGUCAGCCUCGGCAAGGACGUCGUCGAGCCGAUCCCGGUCCGGAGGUUCGAGAGGUUCGCGGAGGGCGCCGGCGAGUUCGUCGGGUUCGUGGAGCUGGGCGCGACCCCGCGGCAGCACCUCUUCUUCGACCCGCUCAUCGGCCACCUCCUCGCGGGCGAGACGGCGCGGUACCAGGCGCUGCAGGGCGGCAGGUUCUACUACCUCGGCAUCCGGCCCACUAGCUUCGCGGAGCGCGGGGUGGAGGCCAUGGCCGGGUUCGUCCUCCAGGACUUCAGGGCGCCCGCCAAGAGCUUCAGCUCCAGGUUCAUGCUGCGCCUCUCCGAGAGCAGCGACGUGCUCGGGAUCAUAGCGAGGUGCAUACAGGCGAUGACGCCGCACCUCAAGGUGGCCGCGGAAGGCCUCAUGAGGGAGCUCGUCCAGCUUCCAACCCAGGAUUUCUCAUGGGUGGACACCUCACCCUUUAGAGAGACAGAGUAUUGGGUCGAUAUACACAGGACCUUGACCCAAUGCCUUCGUCCAGACCCGCUCUGUUGCAGCGGCCAUGAUGAUCCCAUCGCCCCUUCUACUUGUAGCAGCAGCAAGAGCCACAAACAAUCAUCGUUGUCACCAUCAAAGUAG